AUGUCAAGUGACGAGAGUACCGAUAAAGAGGUAAGUUAUUUUUGUUGUUUUUUGUUGUCUUUUAGGGUUGUUAACAAGUUUUGUGGAUUUGGGUAUGAUGAGCUGUGAAGACGUGGCAUUUGUAUUAGGUAUAGAAACAGUUUAGGAAGAUAACUGGUUUUGGUCAUAACUUUUUUGAAAAUAGAGUUAGAGGCUUGAAAUUUGGUGUGAACUGAGGUUUUCAUUGCUUUAACUAAUCUAAAAGAAAAGGUUUUUAAAUUCACGUGUCUUUUGAUGUUAUAGUUGUUUUACCGCACAUAACUUUUUUAAAAAACUUGUUUUUUUCAAUUUUUUAAAUAAAAAUUGUAAUAAUGCGAAGUAAAAACGAAAAACAGAGUAUUGUCAGAAUUUGUUUUUAAAAAUUUAAUUUUUCUUAUUUUAGUGCCCUUUGUGCAUGGAGCCGUUCGACUUCGAUGAUGUACAUUUUUACCCCUGUACAUGUCAAUAUCAAGUGAGUUCUUAAAAUUUUUGUCUUUAUUAUUUUAGGGAUAUGCUUUUUUAUUGAAAUUUGAAGUUGAGGUUGUUUUGCCAAUUUUCUUAUGUUUGGGAAGAUUUAUAUUGUUUUACGUUUAACUUAUUAAGCUUUUUUUGUUUUUUUCUUUAACUUAUCAUGUUUUCUUCCCAAAUCACUAUUAUUUUCAGAUCUGCCGGUUUUGUUGGCAUCGUAUACGCGAGGACGAGAACGGACUAUGUCCGGCGUGCCGACAACCCUACUCGGAUCAGCCAGUCACAUUCCAGCCGCUGAGCACCACGGACGUUCAGCGCAUCAAAUCCGAAAAGAAGCAGUCGAAGCAAAAAACGAAACCGGCUGACUCGCGGAAACAUCUGGCCAACUAUCGGGUACUACAAAAGAACCUCGUCUAUGUUGUGGGUCUAUCGAAUCGGAUGGCUGAUGUUGAGGUACUCAAGAAGCCCGAGUACUUUGGCAAGUACGGCAAAGUGCUGAAGAUUGCGGUGGGAGCGGCGGUCCAAAUCAACCCCAAUCAGCCGCCUUCAUGCACUGCCUAUGUCACUUACGAAAAGGUGGAAAGUGCCCUAAGGGCUAUUGAGGUGUGUUUUGGGAAUUUUAAGUUAAAUUUGAAUUUUUGGUGAAUUUCAGGCUUAAAAUUGAAUUUUGUUAAAAUUUAGGCUUAGUUCACUGAUUUCUGUAAAAUUUUAGGCUUAAAUUUUUUAAUUUUGUUAAAUUUUCACAAACUGGAAAAAUUUUGAAAAAAGUUUUAAUUUAACAAAAUUACUCAAAGUAACUCCCUGCCUUCAGGCGGUGAACAACCUGAUAGUCGAAGGCCGAAUGCUGAAAGCAUCGCUCGGAACGACGAAAUAUUGUUCCACCUUUCUACGCGGCUCAGCAUGUCACAAACCGGAAUGUAUGUAUCUGCACGAGAUUGCUGACGAUGAAAUCUCCUUUACCAAAGAGGAUAUGCACGCUGGCAAACACACUGACUUUGAGCGCAAAUUACACGAACAGUUGGCAGAACGAGCACGGAUGGAAUCGAUAAGGAAACGAGUUCACAAACAAUCGUAUGUUUAUCAUUGCUAUUGUGUUUUUUGUUCGUUUAGGAGAGGUCAGGGGUAGACUGCUAAAGAAUCUGGUCCGUCUGUUUUAAAAAUUUGCUUUGGCCUAAACUUCAGCUGUUUCAAAUUUCAGAGAAUCUGACCUGACGUCACAAACUCCAUGCACGAAAAACAAGUCCUCAUCGCCGCCGGCGGACCGCCUGGACCCAAUAGAACCGCCUUCGACCAGUUCAGCCUCUCGUUUAGUCAGUCUAGCUGAUGCAGUCAUAGAAACCAAAACUGCACGCAAAAAGAAGGCCAAACAGAUGGCAGAUGCCAAAGCAGAAAGUGUAGGUUUUGGGCCGAAUUUUGGGAUUUUGGAUAUAAGAAAGGCGUUUUUUGGGCCUAAAAUUGAGGUCACGGUUAAAACGUCAGAUUCUUAGUUACAAGUAAAAGAAGUUGUAGCCCAAAAAUUACCUUUUUCUUAUUGUCAACCGGUUUUUUUUUCAGUCCAGCGACAAAUCCAAAAAAGAAGCCACAGACAACAGCACAUCGCCAGUCCGAGUCAAAGGUUCCUCGUCCAGAAAACAGAGUCCCGAAUCGGUGGCAAGUGCGGAAGACCGCACAGAUGCUUCGGAUACACAAAAGGUAACGAUUGUGUCAUUUUGGCUUAUAGUUAAUAUAAUUUUUGUAUUUUUUUGGGGUUUUAGGGUUUAUAUGGAGCUUUUAAAUGUAUUUCUAAAUGAUUUUUUUUAGAUUUGUUACCUAAAAAUUUAUUUUAUGAAGGAUUUUUCUAUGUAUUAGUUGUUAAAAGUCUCAGUUUCUUUCUGAUUUCACACCUAAAAUAAUUUAUUUCUCUUUCCAGAACACACCAGACAGGUCAAUAUCACAAUCGCCCGCCGUAUCAAAGCCGCCCGGCUUCGAGCACUACGAACCCGUCCCCUCCUCAACACCAUCGGAUUCGAAUAAAGAGAACGAGGUGGAGGAAGAGAAUGAAGCCACAUCACAAGACGCGCCAAAAUACACGACCUGCGACGAGUUGGAGCGAAUGAUCCUAUCCGAACACCCCACCGCCAAAGACGAAGGCCCCAUGCCCUCAGGGUUCCCAGCCAGCAGCUACAACUUUGACGACGAUCUGGGCUUUGACCCCUUUUCGGAGUCGUCAAAAGCACUGGCUGAUCUGGUGCUGGAGGAGAAGACGAUGUGAGUUUGUGGGUGGGGAAGAUUUGAGCUGUUUUAAGGAUUUUUUUUUGGUUUAAAAAUAUUGUUUUUGGCUUGCUUUUGCUGUAUUUGAUCUUUUAAAAGUGUUUUUAAAGCAUAUUUUUCGGUUUUGUUUACUUUACAAUUUUUAUUCUUUCCAUUUCAGGCCGAAAGAAGUGCCGCCACCAAUCCACCGACGUCUCCCAGCCUUUCCCAACGCCGCACAAACCAAUGCCGCCACCCAGAUGCGACUGGAAGAGAUGUUCGCAACGGCACGACAACACCAGAACAGUCAACAGUCUCUUACCGGCUUCCUCAUGGACAACAACAGCCUUGGAUCGCAAGGAAUGCAGUCACAACGCCUGUUCGACCGCAUCCAGAAUCGACCGCCAGGCUUGGAUUCAGAAUGGAAAUCGUCAGAAAAUACCCCACCCCUCCUACAGUCCAUCUUCUCAGCUUAUCAGUCCAACGGCCAACACUCGAGCACACAGUCCGGCCAGCUAGGCCAUAGUCAAAGCAGUAUAACGAAUACUGGGGCCAUGGGAAGCAGUGUGGCGAAUAGUAUGGCCAAUAGCAUGAACAACAACAUGAGUAGUAGAAUGAAUAACAUGGGUAGUAGCAUGAACAGUAUGAGCAAUUGUAUGGGCGAUAACAUCAACAGUAUGGGCAGUAACAUGAAUAGUAUUGGCAGUACUAUCAAUAGUAUGGGCAAUAGCAUGAACACCAUAGGCAGUGGCAUGACGAACACAAAUUCACACCAGAAUUCACAGAACGGCGUCUACAACGCGACGAUGCACGAGUACCUCUACAAACAGCAUCUGAUGUUCCGUGAACACGCCGCCGCCGCUCUAAUGUCCGCCGUCGCCAACAGUCAACGUCAACAACCCUCCUCCCACAGUCCCACACCCCCCGUGGAUCACACUCAAAUGCCGAACCCACUAGCCCAACUAUAUGGUCAGCACAGCGCACAGAUGGCACAACUACAGAAGCUACAGGCCUACCGGCAGAUGAACGGAACACAGAGCCAGGACUGGCGAGAGGGCUUUAAGGCCAUGCUCCCCAAUGUCAAUGUCCGGUUCACAAAUGAGGGUAGGUGGGGGUAAUGAGGUUGUAAUGAAGGAUGUAGGCUGGGUAUAGGCUUGUAAGAAAGUAGGGAGGGAUAGAUGGCUGUGGAGGAAAACAUAAGCAUUGGUAAAGGUGAAGUAACCUAAUCAUUUCAACCUUCAGGAUCCUCCACGAAUCAGUCGAUGGACCCGGUAACUACCUCAGCCCAACCGACCAGCUCAAGCUCCGCUUCAGCCAUCUACAACGGUUACGGCCUGGGCCAACAACAGCAGCAGUUUGUAGCCGGAAUACAAUCCCUGCUCAGCCAUCAACAACAACAGCACGCAGCCGCCAUGUACCAACAGCACCAAAUGCUGUACCAUCAGCACCAGAUGGCCAUGCAAAACGCCCUACCCACCCAGCCCUCGUGGGUACCACCCCCACCCGGCUUUCCACAAGCGGCCACAAAUCAGGCCGAUCAUUGA